UGUUCUUUAUCGUGCCUCGAUUCACUGAAACUGAUUUCAUAUUUUCCGUAACGUUUUUGGAUUUCACGCUUCGUGCACGGGUGAUAGCCUAGGCAAAUGUAUUUUUGUCCUCGGAAUUAUUAUCAGCAUUUCAAACAAGCAUCCGAUUGCUCUUUGUGUCGGGCAAUGUGCCAUGCUUAUUGCUACUGCAUGUACAGAGUAGAUCACACGUUCUUCUAUUGCAAAAACAUUCCUGCAACCCUAAACAACUGGUCGUCCAGCGUGGUUAUCGGUUAACACUUUUGUUUUGAAAGGAGCCUCUCGUAAAAUAAAGCAGACAAAUUCCAGAGAUUCGGUAGAAGUAUGCAAAACGACGUAGAGCCUAUUAUAGCCACCGUCGCGCCACUUGUGCCGACUACAACAUGCGGAUGGCCGGAUCGCGAUGUUUCCGUCGAUUUUAACAAUCCCGACGUUAUCUAUGCGGACCAGGUGAUACGUCCGAUGUGGAUGUUCUUGUGCACAACAGGAAACAUACUGAAUGUUGUCCUCCUGCACCGUAUUCUCACCUACCAGAAGGUGUUCCUCGUCGGUAUGGCAUGGUUCGAUCUGACAUGCAUGUGGGCAUGGUUCGGCUUGUAUAUCGGGGGCUUCGUUUGGAAAGGGCAUGCCAUGCCGCCCCUGAUCCGAAUAAUAACGGCUGUCGGCAACACGCUGGCCCAAUGCUCAGACUGGACCCUGCUGGCGUUCAGCAUUACACGCGUCUUAUGCACCAUUUUUCCUUUAAAAGCGCGAGCGUUGUUUACUGUAUUUCGCGCCCGAGUCGUUCUCGUAGUCAUCCUCGUUCCGGCAACGGCAACAUUCCUUUAUGACUUCGUAUCUGUGUCGUUUCCAGCCAAUGCGACGGACCAGUGGCAAACAGAAUGGACGACUGUUCAUAUUAAGGGAACGGCGUUCGCCGAAUUAAUAACUUUCUUCGCCAUCUUCGCGUCCAACAUCUUCGUCAUUGGCUUUAUAAAAAUCCAGCAUAUUCAGCAGCAACUGGACCGCAGUACUCCGGAGAGCCCAUCGGAUUCUCGACCACUCCAUCCUGGUGUCGAGAACGGUCACCAAGCCAACGGUUUCCAGCGCAGCCGUUUCAUUCGUGUGAUUCGCCAUGUGAAGAGAUCCCAAACCACGGCCACGCUGCGCAUGUUAACCGCCUCGACCUGUCUGUACAUUCUCACCAGGAGCCCAGUGGUCAUCUACCAGAUCAUGGAGAAGAUGUGCGUGGCCCGGAUGACCGACCACCAGUAUUCCAUCUUUGUCGGUGUGCACAAUCAGUUUCUCUUCGCCAGCUACUCAUUACAGUUUGUAUUGUACUGUGCUGUUAAUCCGCCUUACUUAAAACGAGCGCUGCAUGUGCUGCGGUACUGUAAAAUCCCGCCACCCGUUAACUCGCCGGCCGGAUCACGUAUUCAGUCAACAUCUAGUGCGAGAAGUCUGCGUCGGGAGACAUCGGCACCCCGGUCGCCAGAGCCGGUUGAAGUUUAACGGGGAACCUGCAGUUUUCGGAAGGUAGUUUAGCGUUGAAUUGCGCAAACCUCUGUAUUUAAACAAGUAUUGUUUGCUAAUGUAGCACUUGUUUGUUGCUGUUUGCUAGCAUCCUCGACGAUAAUUUAUUUUCAAACUCCGACGAUUGCCACACACGUCGUAUCAGAAACCGAACUGAUUCCCAAAGUAUUGAAACUCACGGACUUACAAUGUAUAGAGG